AUGGCGUUUACCAAUCUUACGCUCCUCCUUGAGACAGUUGCCAACCAGGGGGGAAGUGGAAAUGUCAUUUGUUAUCCGCCUCAGAACACCACCCAGCCCCAGCAGUACUCCUACCGCCAGCUGCUGGACAAUGCCCGGAAGGCUUCUUGGGCACUACGCUGCCGACCAGAAGAAUUUCGCCCAGGUCGGGUGGUUCUUAUUCACUUGGAUACACAUUGGGAAAAUAUUGUGUGGUUCUGGGCCGUCACUUUAGCGGGAUGUAUCCCAGCCAUGUCCACAUCGUUUUCCAACAAUUCCGCGGCGCGCAUAUGGCAUAUAAAACAUCUGGCUACGACCCUCCAAGUUCCUAGCUGUCUGACCACAGCCAAUAAGCUGUCCGAGUUUGGAGGACAGGACGAUAUCACACCGAUCGCUCUUGAGUCGCUAGACACGGCAAACGCACCAGUCGCAGAGAUCUAUCGCGAUGCCGCACCAGGCGAUACUGCUAUGCUGAUGUUGACAUCUGGCAGCACCAGUCACGCCAAAGCAGUGAUUUUCACGCACCAGCAAAUCUUCACGGCGCUGGAGAGUAAGUACAAGGUUGUAGCACUGCCAGAAAAAUCAUCAUUCUUGAACUGGGUUCGUUGCGAUCAUGUUGCGGCCAUUCUGGAAAUCCACUUGCAAGCUAUAUUUGCACACAAAGACCAGGUACAUGUCCAGGCAGAAGAUAUCUUGCCUCAGCCCCUCGCCUUCCUGGAUAUCAUCGACCGCCAUCGUGUGUCUCGUACCUUUGCGCCCAACUUCUUUCUUGCUCGAAUCCGCGCCGCGCUGGAGGAUCACGGUGACUGCUGUACUGCAUACAACUGGGAUCUUAGCUGUCUGCGUUACGUGGCUUCAGGUGGUGAAGCGAACGUUACCAAGACCGGUGCUGCCGUGGUAAAGCUACUUGGUCGGUACGGCGCUCCCGAGACUGUUAUUGCGACCGGCUUCGGCAUGACUGAAACCUGCGGUGGUGCUAUCUACAACUUGGAUUUUCCCAAAUUUGAUAUUGAGCGUGGGUUGGAGUUUGCAUCCGCUGGAAAAUGCAUGCCAGGCCUCAGUAUGAGAAUCACUACCGUCACCGAAAAUGCCAUUGCGCCAGCUGAUACUGUGGGCAACCUUGAGCUGGCCGGCCCAAUCAUCUUCAAGGGUUAUUUCAACAACCCAGUCGCGAACGCAGAUUCGUUCACCAGCGACGGCUGGUUUCGGACUGGUGAUCUAGCUUCGAUUGACGAUCAAGGCAAUCUCCACCUGAAUGGCAGGGUGAAAGAAUCAAUGAUUGUCAAUGGCGUCAAAUACAGCCCUCAGGAGAUCGAGACUGCCCUGGAUGAGCAAGGCAAAAUCCCUGGCUUAAUUCCGAGCUUUACAUGUUGCUUUUCUUCGUUCCCCCCAGGGGCUGACACCGAAAUGAUAUGCGUGGUCUACCUACCGAGUUACAGCCCCGGCGACGACGCUACACGAGUUGCAACAGCUGAUGCCAUUGCCAAAAUUGCCAUGAUGUCGACAGGUGCCCGACCACAGAUCUUACCUCUCGAUGAGUCCAAACUGCAAAAGUCUGCGCUGGGCAAACUGUCACGAACCAAGAUCAAGGCGGCAUUUGAAAAGGGCGACUACAGUACCUAUCAAGAUGUCAACUCUGAAGCAAUCAAGCUGUACAGAGCGACGGCCCGUGUCCACCCUGCCAAUGAACUGGAGCAAAAAUUGCUAAGCCUCUUUUUAAAGUCUCUUGACCUGCCCGAGGAAGAGUUUGAUGUGCAAUCCUCCCUCUUUGACAUGGGCAUCACUUCGGUGGAACUCAUCAAGUUAAAAAAGAAGAUCGAACAAGAACUGGGCCUUACGCAAGAAAUUCAAAUAAUUACUUUGAUGACAAACCCCACUGUCCGCGACCUUGCCAGUGCCUUGGAAGACCAGCAAAGCCCCCAUGCAGCGAGCGAUUAUAACCCAGCAGUGACACUGCAAGCCCAAGGAGACAAGACGCCGCUGUGGCUUGUCCACCCGGGAGUCGGCGAAGUACUGGUCUUUUUAAACUUGGCCAAAUUCUUGGUGGAUCGCAAAGUCUACGCCCUACGUGCACGAGGCUUCAACGAAGGCGAGACGCCCUUCGAAACAAUCGACGAGGUUGUCACCACAUACCACGCCGCCAUCAAACGAAAGCAGCCCCAAGGACCAUACGCACUGGCCGGAUACUCCUACGGGACAAUGCUGGCUUUCGAGGUGGGCAAAGUACUUGAGAGCAACGGGGAUGAAGUUCGCUUCCUGGGUUCCUUCAAUCUGCCACCGCAUAUCAAGGACCGCAUGCGUCAACUCGACUACAAAGAAUGCCUGCUUCAUCUCUCAUACUUUUUGGAUCUGAUGACGGAGGAUCGUGCGCGCGAACUUGCGGUCGAGAUGCAGGGAGCGACUCGGGAGGAAACCUGCGCGAAGGUGAUGGCGGAAGCCGAUCAGGAUCGCCUUGCCGAAUUGGCGUUGUCGGCUGACGCUAUUACCAAAUGGGCUUGCUUGGCCUUUGCUCUUCAAAGUAUGGCGGUUGAUUAUGAUCCGUCCAGUUCCAUUGCUGCCAUCGAUGUCUUCUACUGCAAUCCUCUGGCUGUGGCGGCUUCGUCCAAAGCUGAAUGGCUUAGUAGACACUUGAGUAAUUGGAAAGACUUUUCGAGAUCGCCACCACGUUUUCACGAUGUUGGGGGUGCCCAUUAUACCAUGUUAGGGCCGGAGCAUGUCUUUGGUUUUCAAAAGACAUUAAGGAGUGCGCUUGAAGCAAGAGGGAUUUGA